AUGCCUGCGCCUCCGCCACUCACGCCCACCAACAUCAAACCACUCCAUCUCUACCGACAGCUCCUCCGUGAAGUUUCCUACCUGCCCCCGGCCUUUUCCGACUCUAUUCGAACUAUAAUUGCCCAUCGAUUCCGCGUCGACAGAACCAAGAAGGACCUCAACGUUCCGCAGCGUCUUGCCCGAGGCAGGAAUGCCUUGCGCCGGCUACGGGAUGCCAACCAUGGCGGCUCAGGCCCCAUGCUCGGGCUGUUGCUGAGGGGAUUUGCCAGGUCAGGCGCAUCGCGGAUCAGUCUACUCUCGAAGCUCUCGGCAAAGGACGCCCCCAGUGACUCUGAAGCUCUUGCGAAAGCUGUGGCUGAGCUACAACCCACCGGCGAUGGCAGUGAUUCUGCCCUGUCGAGGACGAAGACAAUCAAGUACGGCUGGAUGGAUAAGCUGGAUAAAAAGAAGCUAUCUACGUUUGCGACGUCCCAGAAACGCCAGCAGGAACGGAUUGGCCCCAGCACGCUUUCAGACUUCUCCGGUGUCAAGGCACCUCAAGAAAAUCAGCAUGUGCCGAAAUUGAAUACAUGGGGAAAACCUCCUUCGGAGUACGUUGUGAGGGCCAACCAGGCCAAAAUCUGGAAGAAAACCCUCGACCUGAUACUGCCCCCUCUGCCAAAGCCGCAAUGGGAACUGCUCCGAGACUUGGCCAACGGUGCUCAGGAGACUGCUCAGUGGAAGUUGCCUACCCGCAGGCCAAAGGCGAAGCCUCUGUCUGGUCCUACCGAAGACUCUGAAUGGGAUUGGAAGGCAUACGCCCUGAAACCGACUACUACAAUCGAAAACCGUUCCAGCCUCCGGGAGUCACGCUUCUCUCUCUCCCGAGACGAGGGGAAUCCCUUCACUCUACGAAAGAGGGCUUCGGCAACUAGGUCAGAUCGAUGGUUCCGCCGCGCAUACGAGACUAUAUGGAGAAACAGCGCCGUCAUGGAGCAAGACCCUCAAACAUUGAACUACGAUAUCACGUGGGGAGGCAAGGCCGACAAAUACCCCAAGCCAACCCAACCCCUCUCCGUCCACACGCAUACCCACCCAGUCGUUCAUAGCAACUGCUCCGAUGCUCUCAUAGAACUUGAUGCUUGGCUCGUUCCACUUGAGCACAACCCACUCCAGCCUCCCGCCGUCCAUGGCCAGCACCUGUCUGCUCAGCUCCACCAACAGCCGCUUGCCAUAUCCCUUACCGCGAUACUGGGGGCGGACGAACAGAUCCUCGAGGUAGAUGCCAGCCUUGGACCGCCAGGUGCUGUAGUUGUAGAAAUAGAGCGCCAUGCCUGCAGCUUCGCCUUCUGGUGUGAACAGCAGGAGGCAGCGCGAAGGCCGAGUAGGCGAUGUGGGUUCCGUUACAGGCACCGAGGGGCUGUCACUGGUGGCGUCAUCCGGAGCGAAGGCGACCGUGUCCUGGAUCGUCUGGACCGUUGCCUUGACGGCGUCGGACUCACGUUCGUAGUCGGCCAGCUCCUGGAUCAUAUCAAGGAUGAUUUGCGCUUCUGUUGUUUGGCAGGUCAGUUCCGAUCUUCGGCGACUGAGCUUUCAUGGCCCCUCACCUUCGCGGCGCGCAUGCCGGACGACAGCUUGGUUGGCGGUCAUGACGAGACUUUACGGUUCCUGCUAAUUGGGGUAUUGUACGGGGAGAUUGAUGGGGUUUUUGUCUGGCGCUGA